CUUUUCCUAUUAGGAAACAAAAUCAAAAGCCGUACUAUUUAAUUCAACUCAGAGAUCCCACAAACCCCAUCACUUGAUCUCUACAACAACUAUAUAUAGCCAGGCAAAACCCUCUUUCUUCUUCUCCGAUUUUCUUCCGGAUUUCUUUUACUGCGUCUUCCUUUUACUUGCAGUGCAAGAAUCGUGCAGUAGUACUCGCUUUCUGCCAUGGCUGAGGAGCUUCAAAUAGCCAUCUUGAGGGCUGAACUGCUCGACACUUUGAGAAACUGGGGUCGACGAUGCUUGAUGUUCGAUGACUCGUAUGACCCCCAGACGCUUUCGGAAACGUUGGAACUGCAGCGCAUAAGGAUGGACGCCAUGACGGUGGAGUUGGCGUUGUCUCGAGCACGCGAAACGAAGCGCGACUUCAACACCGUGAUGAUAGAGGUUGAGCUCGAGGUGACGAGAUGCCUGGGGAGGAUCUUGUCCAAGACCUUGGAUCCAGCGUUUGCAGGGUCAGAAGAGGUGAAGGUAGAGGAAGAUGGGGCGGUUUGUGGGGUUUGUCAAGAAGAGAUGAAGGUCGGGGAUGAAGGUAGAAUGCUUGGGUGCAUGCACAAGUUUCAUGGCGAUUGUAUUGUGAAGUGGCUUAGGAAUAAGGCUACAUGUCCGUUGUGCAGGUACCAGGUUCAAGUCAAAGAGUUUGAGCUGAAUAUAUAA